AUGUCAAGUAUGAAGAAGCUAUACCAGUACAUUCUCUGGAAGGACACAACAAUGCAGCGGCGUACUGUCUUUCUUCAAGAAGAUAUGCGAGCAAUCAAGCAAGAGGUGUUUGUGAAAUCUGUAGGUAAAGGACAACUUUUGUGUUAUGGGAAGUGUCAUGAUGAAGCGACCAAGAGUGGGUCUCGUAAGCAUUCUGCUCUCACUGAUAUCUUCCUUGUCGACUUCAACAACUUAACAACAAAAUGGGUUCAUUUCACUAUGAUUGAAAAGGACAUCAAUCUUCUCAUACGAAAGAAAAUGGCAUCUGACACGUCAUCAGUCGAAGAUGAAAUCAAUUUGAUCAUGUCGAAAGAGUCGACUAAAAAGAAGAAGAAAUGUGGAGUCGAGCAGACGAGUCCUAGUACUUUACAAGGACAAAUAGUAUCCCCUUUAGACACAGACUCGAUUGAAGGACCUGAAGUGACGAGGGGGGUAUCACGGAUGUCAGCGUUUCAAAUGUGUGAGAGUACAAAUAUAACCUUUGAAGAGAUUCUUGAACAACAUUUUGUGGAAGGAACGCGUGUCUUUUUAACAAAGAAUAUUGCUGAAACAUUAUUGACACUCGGCUUUGAUGACAAUUUUUGUAACUCUUUGUUUGGUGUGAACGUGGAAGACUGGGGAAUCAUCGGAAAAUUAAUGGAACUCACUCACAAGUGCGGCAAUUUGAAAUUUACACUCAAAAUAUUCGCAUUUUUUCUUGGACUUGUAAUAGAAAACGUCUUUGUGUUUGCACGGACUAAAGAGACGGGAUACGUCCAAUGGUUAAAAUUACUGGAAGCCGAUUUUAAUGUUAUUCAGCCAGUGAUCUGUGAUGAAUUCGAGUAUUAUUUAACUGCCAUUAUAAAAGGAAAUACUGACCCUCAGCUGAAAAUAGCAGUCAAAGAGUGUAAAAGCAAAUUUAUGUGGAAUGAUGCUAUAGAGCAAAAAAUCGAAAUCCUUAAUUUCACAUAUGGGAUGUUCUUGUUUUAA